AUAUUAUGAACCAAGAUGGCGCCACUAUCAAUUAUCGUAAAUUGGCGUUCCCUUUUUUAUGUUUAUUGUAUAAAGUGGCUUAUAAGUUGAACGUAUAUAAAAUAUUUUCGACUAUCGUGUACGUGAUUGAAAAAUAAUUUUUGGAAUUAAUCUAGUGCAAAAUGAACAAAAAUACUCCACCACCACCGUAUGAACCUCCACCAUAUGCACCUCCAUCUUAUAGCCAAACUGUAGGAGGUGUUCCACCUGCUAGUCCAUUUACAUCUGCUGACAUUUAUGCACAAGGACCAACUAUUGUAACUACUAUUGUACCUAUGGGACCAGGACCGACUCAUACAAUUUGUCCACAUUGUCAAGCCGAAAUCGAGUCUACAACUAAAACAGAACCUGGCAUGAUCGCUUAUAUUUCUGGAGUUGUAAUAGCUUUACUUGGUUGUUGGUUUGGUUGCUGUUUAAUUCCUUGUUGCAUUGAUGAAUGUAUGGAUGUACAUCAUACCUGUCCAAAUUGCAAAGCUUAUCUCGGACGUUAUCGAAGAUGAAUUAAAAACAAAGACUUGAAAUUUUUACUUGGAAUUUCAAUGUAUAAUAUUAUUUAUGAUGUUAUCUAAUAUGAAAUUUCGUUAAUUUUAUCUUCUUAUCUUACGUGUAUAUUUGUGUGUAUAAUCACCAGUAUCUGAAAGAUAAAAAUGUAAAUAAUAUUAAGCUUUUUCCAAGGUACGGCAAAAUGUUUAACAAUUACAGGAAUGAAAUGUUUUCUUUUCUAUUAAUUCUAUUUAUUACCAGUUAAAAAAUCUCACAUGGAAUUAUAUAAAAAGAAAACAUUGCAUAUUUAUAUAAAAGAAAAAAAGUUAAAAUCUAUUUUGAUGAAUUUUAUUGAAAUAUAUUAUUUUUUUUUUAUAAACUAUUUGUUUAUCAUUACGAGCACUUAUAUUUAAUGCUCACUUAAUAAAUUACAAUAUAGGCUACUUUCAAAUAAGGCAUUUGCGAAAACAAGCGCUCUAUUUUGACAAUUUAGCCUUUAAUUUUUUAUAAUAAUAUUUAAAAGAUUAUAAUACUGAAUCAAAUUUUAAUACUAAUAUAUUAGUAUUAAAGAAACUUGUAUAAUAACAGAUAUAUGUAUUAUAACAUUAUUUUUAAUAUACACGAUGUAUGAAAUGAAAAUUUAUGUACAAUUAUUUUUUUUUCAUAAAAAAACAAAUUUAAGAAAAAUUUUAAGUUUAAAGAAUCUUAACAUUGUCUUAAAAUCUACGCUACUUGAUUCUUUUUCCUUCAAUAAAAAUAAAGUUAGAAAUGAAAUAGAAAUACAAUGAGGUUUACAUUAUAAAAACAAAUAUUUUUGUAUACAUUAUAGGAAUAAGGACAUACUUUAUUUAUAAUUUGCAGUACAAAGACCCUGCAGGGGGUAACAGAGAUUUUAAUAAUUAUUAUAAACAUUGAAGCAGAAGAUUAAUGUACACAGACAUGGACUGAUGCCUAAAGCAUUAAAUAUAUAGAACUCUAAUAAACAAAAUUUACUAAGAA